CAAUACUUACUCACAGCUAUUCAUUGUUCAGCAAACAAAUUGUUUUUGUAAUUUGAAAACAAAUUGUCGCAAAUCAGUGUUGAUGUCAAUUGAAUGGCGCGAAGAAACAUACGAAACCUGUCUCUUCCGCACUCUUCAGUGCCAACCAAUGACCACAAAAUGGUCGACCAAUCCGUAGAGGAGUCGCAAAAGGAAAGGGUGAACGUAUUCCUCCUGAAGAAGCAAACAGUGGGAGAACUCAAUGCUCACGACUUCGACAAAUUGGGUGAUUUGGGUGCCGGCAACAGCGGUGUGGUGACCAAAGUGAGACACCGGGUCACCGGCACUGUGAUGGCCCGCAAACUCAUCCAUUUGGAUGUGAAGCCAUCAAUCAUGGGUCAGAUAAACCGUGAGCUGCAAGUCCUUCACGAAUGCAAUUCUCCGCAUAUCGUCGGCUAUUACGGCGCCUUCCACGCGGACGGAGAGAUCAAUAUAUGCAUGGAGUAUAUGGACGGCGGUUCGCUAGACCUGCUGCUGAAGCGAGCGAAUCGUAUUCCCGAAGAGAUCUUAGGACAGGUGACCAUUGCUGUGGUGAACGGACUCCACUAUUUGCGUCAAAACCAUAAGAUCAUACACCGGGACGUGAAGCCGUCCAACAUAUUGGUGAACACUAGCGGAGAGAUCAAGAUAUGCGACUUCGGCGUCAGCGGUCAGCUCAUCAACUCGAUUGCCAACUCGUUUGUGGGCACGAGAUCUUAUAUGGCGCCCGAGAGGCUCCUCGGCAAGGAUUACACGGUUCUGUCGGACAUCUGGAGUUUAGGGCUUUCAUUGGUGGAGAUGGCGAUCGGCAGGUAUCCCAUUCCCAAAGAUGGAAACGGGAACGGGCUAUCAUUUUGCGAUUUAUUGGAUUGUAUCGUCAAUGAGCCGCCCCCUACUGUUCCCGAAUCGGUAUUUAGUGCCGAUUUUAAGGACUUCGUCGACCGAUGUCUCAAUAAAAACGUGGCCGAGAGGGCGGAUCUUAACACACUAUUGAGUCACCCGUUUGUCAAACGGUCCGAGACUGAAGGGAUAGACGUUUCGCAUUGGAUUUGUCAGAUCAUACAAUUGGAUCACUUAACUCCCACUUAAAACUAAUAGUGCUAAUAGCACACCAUUACUCUCGGGGUUAACCUGUUUUAUUGACAUGCCAUUGUAUGAUACCGAUAUAUCAAAGUAUCAUGAUUUUCAACUAAAUUAAUACACGUUUGUGUCGUUCAAUCGGAUAUACUAUAAUUCCAUAGUUUCAUUACUUUCCAUUUAAAUUCUGUAUAUGAAAUAUAUAUAUCUAAAAAGUUUUUAGUGAAAACAUUACAAUUAAAUUCAAAAAAUUGAUUUCAAAUAAAAUUCUAAGACAAUAGACUA